AACGCCUAUGAAUCAUGAGAAUAUCCAGGAAACAAUUAGAUUUUCUCGGGCAGAAGAUACCUGUUUGUUUAUUGAUAGUUUUUUUUUUUGUUCACGUCAGGGGCGUGCAUCGCUGCCGAGUCGCCGAAACCGGUCGAACGGGUGAAUCAGCCGGUGACGCGACCAGCCGCGAGCCCAGACCCACUACAGUCACGGAAACGGGGUGACUUCGCAGCGCAGGACAGAACCCCGAAGCCCAGGAGCCGCGAGAAGUCGCAGUCGGGAUCUGGCCAGGAUGUCAGCCCCCGUUGACAGUAAGGUGACCCCCCCGGUUCCCAAACCUCGGGCCAGAUACACUUGGUCCGUGGAAAGCACACCAGCCCCUCCCCCUGUUCCCAGGAGGAUGUCAUCAAAUAACAUACUGGAUUCUGAGACAGCAAAUUCGCAGGCUGAGCCAGAGAGUGAGCGGCAGCCCCCGAGGACAGGAAACUUAAGGAAGGGGAAUUCUUUGGGGCAAGAAGAAAACAAUGAUUCCAAAUUAUUCCUUAAUGUAUCCCACAAACCUGAGCUAAAGACGAGCCAUGUCUUCACUGAAGCUCCUGAUGAGUCCAAUAAUGGCUUUCCCAUGAAAUCUCAAAGACAGCACAGCGCUCAGGGAGUGUUUGUCUGGCCUGCCCUCCCAGCACUUUGUCCUGUCAGUUCUAAGGAAUCGCAGUUCAAACACAGGACCUACUCAGAUGCACAUUCACCUGAGAGCCCCAGGUCUGGCUCUACAAGUGACAAGGGGUCUCCGCCCAUGCCUGACUCCCCCUGCGCCCAGGACUCCCAGACACUGGAGGCUCCAGCCAGACAAGGGAUAGAGGAAUUGGAAGGACUUGAGCUCAACGCAAACUGGAACUUUUUAUCAUCGCCCAGCGAUGAAGGGUCUGCACAAACUCGCGACAGGGGAGCCAGCGUGGCGCAGAUGAGACAGGAGAAAGAUGAGAAUAUUCAAUAUCCAAGCUUGCAAAGUUCAGACGCUGCAGUGCAGAGUGAUCAGGGUUUGAUCUCCUGGGUGGAGGGGUCCCCUGCCUGCAGUGACCCACCCUCUGCCGUGCAGAACAGGCAGCAGAAAUGCAAGGCACCUCGCGUGGCCACGAUCCGAGUGAGCCGGCGGAAGCAGACGGGGGUGGAGUGGCAGGCGAGCGCGCAGGCUGAGGAGGCACCAGUCAGAGACAGCGUGGUGUCGCGCUCCAGUUGGCUGGAGGUCUGGCAGGGAAGGAGACAUCGUGUGCUGUGGGUUACUCUGGAUGGAAAACUGCUUUCCCUGUGGAAGAAACGCACGGACAAGUUCACAGAGGUUGUGCUCCACGUGUCGUGCAUUACAAAUGUCCAGUCACUGGAGAAAGGCCGCUUCUCAAUUUCCACCCCCAAGAAGCACUUUGAGUUCAUGGCCAACAACGAGGCGGUGAGAGACGGGUGGGUGAGAUCCCUACAUGCCUCUCGGGGCCAGAAACCCCAGGAAGCCCCACAGCAGUGCAGCACCCUCGUGAUGAAAGACCCCCGGGCCAAGGUGUACGGAGCGGUCUUUGGGCACGAGCUGUGGAUCUACCACAGCAAAGAGGACUUCGCCAACGGCGUGGGCAUGUUCUACAUCUCCAUGGACGUGGCGCAGGUGAAGCAGACGGGCCGGCGCAACUUCAGCCUCAUCACCCCUUACAAGACGUUCAGUUUCCAGGCCGACUCCUCCAGGGAGCAGGCAGUGUGGCUGGCCUCUCUCACACAGGUUAUCCGCAAUGCCCUGUCCUGCAGCGAGGUGGCGCAGCACAUCUGGGCCAGCCCCUGGAACAAAGUCUGUGCGGACUGUGGCUCUGCCAACCCUGAGUGGGCCUCCAUCAACCUGCUGACCGUCAUCUGUGAUGCCUGCGCUGGUCAGCACCGUUCCAUGGGGACCAGCGUGUCCAAGGUUCGCAGUCUGAAGAUGGACAGGAAGGUGUGGACAGAGCCUCUCAUUCAGUUGUUUGUCCUGUACGGGAAUAAAGCCGCCAACGAGGUGUGGGGCUACAACGUCCCUGCCGCCGAGCAGAUCCUGGCAGACGCCACCCCCAACGAGCGCCGAGCUUUCGUCCUGGCCAAGUACAGCAAGGGGCUGUACCGGCGAGCCCACCCGCUGGCCUGCAGCCAGGAGCUGCUCAACAAGCGGCUGUGUGAGGUGGUGACCGGGCCUGACGUCUCGGAGACCCUGUCUCUGCUGUGUUCGGGGGCGCGGGUCAUGUGCCAGACCGGGGACCCCCAGUGUCCCUCGCCCAUCUCCCUGGCGGAGCGUGCCGGGCAGGCCCUGCAGACAGAGCUCCUCCGACACAACGAGUACACAGAAGCCCCCCCCUGCAACCAGCAGCCCGCCAAGCAGGAACACCGCAGCUCGGCAGUCGCUGACCCGCCACAAGCACCCUCGGACGAGGAGCUCCACGGCAAGCUGGAGGACGACCAGUUCCUGUUUUCCGAGGAGAACGAUUCCGCGGCCUGCGACGUCCUGGACUUGAAGGAAGUCAUCUCCAUCUUUGACUGCUCUUCGGGGCCGACCCACGAGUUCGAGAUGCUGACGCUGAGAGACAGGAUGCAGUGUGUCGCUCCCACUCAGGAGGUCCUCAGUUCACACAUGCAGCACAUCAUGAAGGUGCUGUUACCGUGGCCCGUUCCAAGCUCGGAGCUGGAUGGGGUACGAGCCUUUACGCGGGUCUCCCUCAGAGAGGGAGGCAGGCUGGAGCACAGGGAGGUAUGGGCGGCACUAAGGAAUAACGAACUGCUGCUGUACAGCACCAGGGGGCGCCAGAGAGAGAAGGUGUUGCUGACCUCUUCAUUCCGCUGCAAUGUGGACGCUGCCGAGAAUACCAUUGAACUUGUGACUGUGGACAGGUGCCUGUCCCUGCAGUUCGAGCUGCAGCGGCCCUGCCAGUGCUGGAACAUGCUGCUGAAGAUCCUGGCGCUCACUGCUGCAGGGGCCGGCCGAGGGGCGCCGCUGUACCCCGCGGCCAGCUCUCUCUGGAGCGAGGUGCCUGCUGCCAUCGAGAAGUGCAUCUCCCACAUCACGCAGCACGGCCUGACGGUGGAAGGGAUUUAUCGGCGCUGCGGAACAGCCCUGAAGAUCAGCAAGCUGGUGGAGUUGCUCAACAGCGCCCCCAACAAAGUGCAGUUCGAUCCAGGGGAGAGUGGGGUCCUGGAUGCGGCGGGAGCCCUCAAACUGUGCCUCCGUCAGCAGGUGGAGCUCAUUCCACAGUCUCACAUGUCCUUCUGGGUCCAGGCAGCAGCUCACCCUGUCGAGGCAGAGAGGCUCACGGCUUAUCGGAGAGGGCUGGACAGCCUGUCUGCUGGGCAAAGAGCCAUCCUCAAAGUCCUCUUUGAACACCUGUACCAGGUGCAGCUGUACAGCCAUGUGAACCGCAUGACUCCUCAGAACCUGGCGCUGGUGUUCGUGCCCACGGUGUUCAGGGACUACGGCAUGAGCACUGACAUGGUGCGUCUCACCCGCGAGCUCAUCGUCCACUACACGCUCAUCUUCCAAGGAGGAGCGCUGGUGGAGACGGGGAACUUUGUGGUGACUGCUCUCUGAGGCACGGGGGAGAAAACCGCAAGCAGCUGAGCGAAAGCAGAGAGUGAGGGAGAAACCGAGAAAACCUCGUGCCCUCCAGCAACGGGAUCAUCUUUUCUCUUUCUUCUUUUCAGCGAACGAAAAAAGCUUUUUGAUCCUGCUUCUCGCAACGGGUGUGCAAAGUGCAAUACAACCAAACCUGCCCUGUCUUAAUUGUACAACUACUGUAGGAAAUUCCUCCUCAUAUUUUUUUUUAAUUGUCACUUGAUACCUGAUACCCUUAACAAGGUAUUGGAACAGUGUGAAGUCCGGACUGAGCUCAAGUCUUGUUUUACUACAUUGUUAUAACAAACUGUGACUAGCACUGCUUCCGAUUUGAUAUGUGUGUGUGUGUGUGUGUGUGUGUGUGACUGAUGUUGAUUUUCCACAUCUCAGUGUCUGGAACUGAGCUUCGGGAUGGAUGUGGUUGGAUAGACUUGUCAUUUACUGCCAUGUUUGCACUGCAUUUGUCCUGGCAAUGAGUGGCACAUGUCCCCCCUCACCAGGGUGCUCCACCUUCCUACCCUCCUCUGUGUGCCACAGCGUCAUGAGCGUUGGUAGACAUUCUCCUGUAACUGAAUUCAAAUGCUUUGUAAAUAUUCACGCUUGCAGCUGUUGCAAUCCCAAUACUUUGGUGUAAUAAUUUGCUUUACCUUAUAUGAAUAAUCUGCCUCAUUGUACUGUGAUGUAUUGGGAAGGACACUUUCACUGAGAUUUUAUUUAAAUUCAGAACUCAACUUAAAUUGUCUUUAGGCCCAGGGAUGAGUGACUGCAGUGCUCGGAGAACUGAGCAUCCUCUAGUUUUUAUUCCAUCUCCGCUCUUAUUUAAUUAAACACGUUUUAUAACGAG